AUGAAUUUUGAAGACAUUGUUGACAUGGAUUGGGUUGAUACCCACACAACCUUAGAAGAUACAACUGAUUUCUCAUCAGAGUAUUUCUUUGAUCAUCAGCCUGACUUUUUGUUAGAACAACCUUUAACACCGCCACUACAAGCAAGUACUAUUGAACCAGAAAUCAAGAUGGAGCCCAUUUCAAGUAUGCCAACUACUGAACAGAUAAAGCAGUUGAUUGAAAUUGCAAAGAGACAGUUGGCGUUACGUGAACAACACUACCUGCAACAACAGGAACAGCAACCUUCUUUAUUUCAACCUAUUAUUGAUACUCCCGCCGUAGUCAAUGAAACCACUGCUGCGCCAUCAAACAUUUUUUCUAUGCCGCCCCUCCCUAUCUUAUCCCCUACAACUGUCGCAACAACAGAUGGGAUUGAUUUGAAGAGAUUGACACCAAAAGAACGUCGUCAAUUGCGCAAUAAGUUAUCAGCAAGAAAUUUUAGAGUUCGAAGAAAAGAGUAUAUCUCUACUCUGGAGGGACAAGUAAAUGACCACAAGAUGGCAGCUGAAGCAUUAAAAGAUAAACUAGUCAAGGUUGAAGAAGAGAACAAAAAACUACGCAAAGAGAUGGAUAACCUGAAAAGACAGAACCAAAUCCUCUUAUCACAAAAAUCUUCAUCGUCACCACGUAUUUUAUCUUCUUCGUUACCAAAACCCAACCUGAAUAAGGAUAUCAGUAUUAUGGGUACAAAAGCAACAGACUCAUAUCGUCAACAAGAUAACUGUAUACUUGUAUCUAACGCAAUUAUGCCUGUGUGGGAUUACAAUGCGAUUCUUUCUAAUCAACACAAGAAAAUAGAACAACAACAACAACAACAACAACAGCCUAAAAAUGAAUACAUGGAUCUUCUCGUUGGUCAAUUUUUAUUAUCUGUUGUACAACUUGCAAGUUGUAUGCCUCGUGGAACCAAUCAAAUCCAAGAUGAUGAUUACAGACUCCCCCUUAUGCCAGAUGAUCGUGAUUUUUCCUCAUCAUCCACAACAAUCAAAUCAACAAACUCAUCCUUGUCUAUAUCAAAUAACUUUCUUGCAUCCACUUCAUCUUCAUUCCCUACUCUUAUUAAUUCACCACCCCUUUCUUCUUCUUAUAUGGAAGAUUUAUAUGAUGUAUUGAUCCAAUCUGCCUUGAUCAAUAGUUCAAACUCUGAUAAAUCUUUUUGGUGGUGGGAUAACUCAAACUCUCAAGCCAUGUAAUCAUCUCUCUUCAUAUCCCCAUAUAUUUUUUCUUUUUUUUUUCCAUCAGUUUUCUUUUUUUAAUUUCUUUUUUCUUUUUCGCCUUUUUUUUUUUUUUCUUUACAAUAAAAAUUCCCCAAUCAUUUGCGUAACUUUAAA